GCUUUUCGCUCCCAAGAGCUCCCGUUGCUACUCCGCUCUGUAGGCGGAAGGCACGUUCUUACCGCUGCUUACUCGGCGCCUAGAAACCUUUUUUGCGUUCGCAACCUUUUUCUCUUCUCCGCAAAGCUGUGGCUCUCGCUUCGCACCCGUCGUCCUGCAACUUCGUUUUCUUUCUGUGGGAGUUUUGUGUAGUGGAUUGCGCGGGUACCGCACGGUGACUGUCGUCAUUUCAAGUUUCCACCGCGUCGGCAACACGCUUCUCUAGAGUAUUUCCUAACCUACUAUUGUCCUUCUUUGCCAGAUAUAUAGCCGGCGGUCUUUUUUUUGGUUCUCUUUCUCUCUCUCCUUUCAGCCACAUACGCCGUACCAGAAGAAGCUACCUUGACUGUGCUUCCGAGGUGCAGCUCUGUUCCUUUCCAGGAGCGAUUCCUUUGGUGCCAGAAGUGUCUUCUCACAUACAGCUCCUCAUCGCUGUCACUAAGAAACGUGUGUUUUCCGCCGUUGUCAGGAGGAUUGCCUGUCGCACUGCAACAGCGCCAUAAAACUAAACACCUAUUCCCACACCCACACACACAGCAAAGUACCGCGAUGGAGGCGCUAUCUCUCUCUAUCUCGGGGUCUCGCGAAGGCCUGGCUGGGCGCCAGGGCGACUCCGUCUACGAUGACUGCGAUGAGUUCAGCAAUGCCACGAUCUGCACCAGCAGCCCACUCGGCCGCUUGGAGCCCCGCUCGCCUCGCUCCGACUCCAAAAGCCACCACUCCGCCAACGCAAGUCCGUCGCUGGAGAGUGGCGACGUCCGCACGCCGGCCGACCCGCCGAAGCAGCUCCCUCUCAGUAAUAAAAAUCUGCAAGGCUUCACCGCCGGCAUGGAAACUGGCAGGCUGGCGCUGCGGACGGACGUCGUGCCGGACGACGAGUACGUCGACUACGCCGCGAACGCCCCGGAGACGGACAUCAAGAAGAAGGAGCGCGCGGGGCGGGCAGAUGAGUCGGUGCUCACCGUAGCCGGUGACACGCAGGAUCCUGGAGACCUCGGCAGCGACGCUGUGGAUUCGAAUACGCUUGAGAGCAACACGAGUCAGCACGGCGCCGCGGCCUCGCUGGAGGCCAACGCGUGGAACAUCGAGCGAGCCAGCGUCGAUGCGCAGGCGGGCAGCCCCACUCGUCGCCACGCCGACCCCCUCAGCACCGCGAACUUGGACCAGCACCUCCACAACCUCACCCGCGGACCGGCGCCGCUCGUUGUGGAGAACGUCGUGACCAGCAUCGCCGCCAUCGCCCACGAACGCAACGUCUCGACGGUGGCCGUAGCGCCCGAGGAGACGGUGGCCAGCAACGCGGUGGACGCGAGCGAGGUCGACAUGCAGUCCUACUCGGAGGCGAUGUCUCCGGUGCACAACCGGUCGCUGAAGCAGUCCUCGGUGGAGGAGACGAUGGACGAUAUGUGGAGCACCGCCUCCACCCUCGGCCGCGACGGCAACUUUUUCGCCCUCCCCAACACCGACGAGAAUCCGCACGCCCUGUCAAAGGAAAACCUGCGGCAGCUGCGACAUCAGCUGGAGAGCGGGGAGACCCCGCUGCGGCCGGAGGUGCUGGCGGGGCUCGGGUCCAUGAUGCGGGACAUGACGCAGACGAAUUCCAACAAAUCCGCCAGCAUGGCGGUGGAGGCGCCGGUGACCGAAGACCAUUCGAAGCCGCUCGGUGCCGGGACGAGUGGGGGCAGUCUGUUGCGGAGUUUUAUUGAAACACGGAGCGCCACGACGCAGCCGUCACACGAAGGGGCGAUGAAGGAGGGCAGCACGAGCGUCGCGGCAGGGAUGUCGUUCCACAGCACCCUCGUUGAAGUUCCUGCGACGGAGCAGAGUGAGCGCCGCGGUGCCGGCAGGGCCGAGUUCCCGAGUCAGCAGUUCACCGUGUCGGAGCAGGUGGAGGCGAGCACCCUGGACGUGGAUGAAGAAGAUGUGGGCAACGUGGACGAGGCGGACGAGGAAGACGCCAUCCACGGCAAGAGCAGCACCGACGACUCUCGCGAAGGUCAAAACGAGAGCGUCUUCAACAUGACGGAGGACGAUGGCGUAGAUUACAUGGGCGACAACGGGGCUAUGGCAGGUCACAUGCGGGAGCUAUUUAAGCUGGUACAGGAGAGUCAGCGUGAGCAGACGCAGUUGCGCCAACAGGUGCUCGAGCAGCGCAGCGUGAUUGAGCGUCUCCAGAGCACAGUGCAACUGCUUGAGUCCGAGCUGUCUGCGCUCAAGAAGCAGUAG